CUCUCCUCCGUAGAUCUGCCUUUCCAAUAAAAAUAAAUUGUAAAUAAAAGGCAGUACCAAUAGCGGUCACAAGAAGGCACGGUUUUCACCAGUGCUGUAAGGGAACAGUUGUUCGGAGAAAUCAUGCAAGGUCCUAAUCCACUUUCUAGAAACACAGACCUUCCGCAAUGUAGUGUACGAUUUUCAAGAGCUUCUGUCAUCUCCAAAUCUAUCCACAGAAACUUUGGCUCUGUGCUGGCUACGAUGGUCUCCAGCACUAACUCCAUUUUGAGUGCUCAGUAGCCACCGUCAUGCAGUUCUUCUGGACAGUGCCUGCGCUAAAAGUCCAGCGUUCUCAGGCUAAGAUCCCUAGACCUUCAUGAAUCCACGUAGAUCUGCUACUAGCCUGAAAUUACAACCAAAUGCCAGCUAUUGUGUCACCCGGAUAUGGGUAGACCAGCCUCCAAAAAGUAAAAAAUGAAAUGAAAUGCAGUACUCUGGGAUAAUCCUGAAAGUUCAUCUAUCCAAGUAAGCACGCAUCAAUAGUCUAACAUUAAAGGGACUUUGGAGAACAAGUGAUGCCGGCCAGGACCCUUUCCCGGCAGGAGUCGCUGGCCCCGUGGCACACCCGGCUGCCUCCCCCUGUGCCCAGCGGGGUGAGGCCGGGCGCGGCCCCGGAGUGGACGGAAACUGUCAGGGACUUCCAUGGGGACUGCCAUGGAGAACUGGCCAGCGGCGCAUAACCACUCGGGGGUCCGGAUUCCCUCCACCCCGAUGCGCUGACGCAGUGAACUGAGGACGGUCAUUUUAAUAAGCUUUUGUUUGGGACUCCUGAUCCCUGUCAUCCUCCGGCCACAGCUUCCUUCCCUCCCUCCCUCUAGCCCAUGUGGGGAUCGGCGGCCCGGUCCGUCUCCUCACAGUCUUCCAUCCCAGGACUUCCAGUACUCGCCUCACGGCCCCGCCUCUUGCCUACAAUUGGCCCCUCGUUCGUCCCGCCCCUUCGGCAGGUCUUCCCUUCUUAUUAGUCGUCGGUGCGUCCGCAGCGAGACCUGAUCCAAUGGGCGCUGGAGUGACCCGGAAGUUGGGCCGGAGGAGGGUCUGUUGGCUUUUGGACACAGGCAGGAACUUCCGGCUCGAGGGCCGAGGCUGGAGAGUGUCCGGCACUUGAUGAGGAACACAUUCUUCGAGUUUUACCUCAGGAAGGUCUGGCCAAGGCAGGUCGAGGGGCUGGGCGGCGGCUCCCAGGACAGGCCGAGGUCGAAGCGCUGGAGCUAGCCGCGCCGCUGCCGCGCCCGGGGUCCUGUGCCGGGACUCGGAGCCCCUGGCCCGGACGCUCCUGCCUAGGCUGUCCACCCUCGGUAGCGGCCGGAGCGGGCACAGCCGGUCCAGAGGGCCCAGCUGCCCGGGGUCCUGACGAUGGCUUCGGACACGAUCUCUCAGGAACGGGAAGGGCUGCUGAUCGUGAAGCUGGAGGAGGACUGCGCCUGGAGCCAGGAGCUGCCCCCCGCUGACCCGGCGCCCAGCCCAGAGGCCUCCCACCUGCGUUUCAGAGGCUUCCGUUUCCAGGAGGCUGCCGGCCCCCGGGAAGCCCUCAGCCGGCUCCAGGAGCUGUGCCACGGCUGGCUGCGACCGGAGCUGCGCACCAAGGAGCAGAUCCUGGAGCUGCUGGUGCUCGAGCAGUUUCUGACCAUCCUGCCCCGGGAGAUCCAGGCCCGCGUGCAGGAGUUACACCCGGAGAGCGGGGAAGAAGCCGUGACCCUGGUGGAGGACAUGCAGAGAGAGCUCGGGAGGCUGAGGCACCAGGUCACAAACCGUGGGCGGGGAACAGAAGUACUUUUGGAGGAGCCUUUGCCUCUGGAAACAGCCCGAGAGUCACCGAGCUUCAAGUUGGAGCCCCUGGAGACUGAGCGAAGCCCUGGCCCCAGGCUGCAGGAGCUGCUAGGUCCCAGCCCCACAGGGGACCCCCAGGCUGUAAAGGAGAGGGCAUUAUCUGCUCCCUGGCUUUCUCUCUUUCCUCCUGAAGGGAACCUGGAAGACAAGGCUGUGACUGGGCCCCAGUUGCCUGAGAGCUUAGAGAAUGUGGCAGUGUUCAUGUCCCCGGAGGAAUGGGGACAUCGGGAUCCUAGUAAGAGCGCCUUCUCCAGGGACCUGGUGCAGGAGAAUUGUAAGGUGGUGAAUUCACUGGAGUCACACAUUCCCAGUCAGGAAGCCCUAGGCACCCAGGUGGACCAGGGAAGAAAGCCACGGGACCCCGGCAUCCAGGCAUGCAAGGAGGCCCUGGGCCCCCGAAGCCCAGCUCCAGGGGAGGAGAAAUUUGAGAAGCCAGAAGAAAGUACUCAGUUUAAUUCCCCUGAGAACACACACCCUCAGGCGCUGCUGCCAGGCCAGGCCAGAAGUGAGGUGCCCUGGAGUCCUGAGCAAGGAAGACCUCAUGACAGGGCAGACUGGCGCUGGGAGCCUCCCUCAGAGGCCACAGCGGAACAGGCGUUGGUGGGAACCACAAGUUACAGAGAACUGGGGCAAUCCAAGGAAGCACAGCCGAAGAAGCUCCAUUUGUGUCCCUUGUGUGGGAAGAACUUCUCCAACAACUCAAACCUAAUUAGGCACCAGCGAAUUCAUGCUGCGGAAAGACUAUGUGUGGGUGUGGACUGUGGUGAAGUUUAUGCUGGGAACCCUCACUUCCUGUCCCUGCAGUGGGCACACCUUGGGGAGGAGGCCCAUAAGUGCCUCGAAUGUGGCAAAUGCUUUAGUCAGAAUACUCACUUGACCCGCCAUCAGCGUACCCACACAGGUGAGAAACCUUAUCAGUGUAACAUCUGUGGAAAAAGCUUCUCGUGCAACUCCAACCUCCACAGGCACCAGAGAACACACACCGGGGAAAAGCCGUACAAGUGUCCUGAGUGCGGGGAGAUCUUUGCCCAUAGCUCUAACCUCCUUCGGCACCAGAGAAUUCAUACAGGAGAGAGACCCUAUAAGUGUACUGAGUGUGGGAAAAGUUUCUCCAGGAGUUCACACCUUGUCAUUCAUGAAAGAACUCAUGAGAGAGAGAGACUUUACCCCUUCACCGAGUGUGGGGAAGCCAGGAAUGAUAGCACCCCUUUUCUUACGAACCACGGGACCCCCAAGGCAGAGAAGAAACUGUUUGAGUGUUUAACCUGUGGGAAAAGCUUCCGGCAGGGUAUGCACCUCACAAGACAUCAGAGGACACACACAGGAGAGAAACCAUACAAAUGUACCCUUUGUGGGGAGAACUUCUCUCACAGGUCUAACCUAAUCAGGCACCAGAGGAUUCACACAGGAGAGAAGCCAUACACCUGUCAUGAAUGUGGAGACAGCUUCUCUCACAGUUCCAACCGGAUUCGGCAUCUGAGAACCCACACAGGAGAAAGACCCUAUAAAUGUUCUGAAUGUGGAGAGAGCUUCUCUCGGAGUUCACGCCUCAUGAGUCAUCAGAGGACUCACACCGGCUAGGUAGAGAGGUGUUUCUCUUUGCCCCAUUCGGUGGCAUGUUCAGAAGGGCCUGUUGUCUAAAGCUGGGAUUCCUUGCUCAGCCACCCAGACGUGCACUUCUGCAUUUUCCAGGUGAUUAACAUCAAUGGGGAGUGUAGUGUGAGAGAGGCACAGAGGCUGCAAAGGAUUGGUAUGGAACUGAAGCAGCUGUGUCUGCGCUGCUAAAGACGGAAGUCUGAGGGAACCUGCUCGAAGCAGAGGUCGCUGUGUGUCUGGCCUGUCCCAAGGUGUGCUGCCUCUCCUGGUGUAUUUUGCCAAGAUGUGAUUUGGGUACCUACCUUAUUGUGUCUGAUGUUUGUCCCAAAAGCUGUGGAAACACAUCUUUCUGUUACUACUUUCUGAUUUGGGACAUUGAGUAGGAGUAUUUGGGCCCCUGGGGACUGGGAAGCCGGUGAAGAGGGGCCAGGUCUCGUAGAGCUCAACAGGAGACUGCUUGUGAGUUGCAGUGUUCCCAGAGGCCGUGGGCUGCAUAGGUCAGCCACCACACCCCGCAAGGGCCCACAAGCACACCACACAUGUAGAUGUUACCUCAGACAAGCAGGGACCUAUGGGACUUACAGCUUUUCAAGAAAUUGGCAGUGGAGUUUGUGGUCUGGUUCCUCUUCCUUUGGCAAAGGUUCGCUCCCCCACCUUUGUCACAAGUGAUCAACAGAGCUUUGGAGCCUUACUCCUGGGCAGUGUUCUCUGAAAGGUGAAUUCCCUGGGAAACUUUGGAAAUGGGGCUCCUAGGAAAAUUAGUGACUGUGUCCUUCCUUGUAGAAAAUGUUUGAAUGGUAAAUAAACAUCUCCAGGAAA